AUGAAGCAAGUGGAAGAUUCUAUGACCAGCAGAUAUGAAACGCUGCAAGAAAUGCUUGUUGAAUUAGAGCAGAAUCAUACUCUUGCUAAGGAUGACGUUUUGCAGAAGUUGAUGGAACGUCCGACUCAGGAAAAGUAUGACAGUCUACAGAGCACGUUGAUGGAACUUCAGAACAACAUUACAGCAAAGGACGGUUACCUGCAGGAGAUCGAGCGAUCUAUUAAGGAACUUGAACGCAAUGUGAACGAGCGAGAUGAAUCUCAGAAAGGCAAACUGAUUGAAAUAAAAAAACAAAUCCAGGCAAAGGACAAUACCCUGCAGGAGAUGAUGCGGAACAUGACCAGGUUGGAAGAACAAUCGAAGGUAAAACAUGACGAGCUAGAAGCUAACUUCAAAAAGCUGCAAAAUGAAACAAAAGACAGUUUGGAACUCUUAACCGAAUCUAUCAAGAACACGAACGUGUUUUGGUCAUGCAAAAACGUGCCAUCAAAAAAAUCUGGUACUUACACCAUCGAUCUUGGGAGUGGUAAUUCAAAAAAGGUGUAUUGUGAGCAGGUCGCAUACGGCGGUGGCUGGAUUGUAUUCCAGCACCGCUUCAACGGGCAGGUUGACUUCUAUCGAACCUGGAAUGAGUAUCGCGAUGGCUUUGGCACAAUUGACGGGGAGUUUUGGUUAGGUUUGAAGUAUCUUCACCAGCUGACCUCAACCCGGAAGCACGAGCUCAUGGUGGAAGUGAAAGACUAUAGCGGAAACUACGGCUAUGCAAAGUAUGAUCACUUCGAGAUUGGCAGUGAAGCGGAAAAGUUCGUCCUGAAGAUUGGAAAUUAUAGUGGAACGGCUGGAGAUUCAAUGGCUUGGAAUCACGGCAUGAAGUUCACUACUAAGGAUAGCGAUAAUGAUAAUUAUAGUAGUCUUCAAUGCGCCGAGUAUCAAAAAGGAGCUUGGUGGUUCAAUGGAUGCACCAAUGCGAACCUUAACGGCCCGUAUGGAAACUUAUCAGAACUUGGGCUCUCGAGUGUGGAGGACAGUGAUCUUGAGAAGUUCGCCAGUAACAAGAAAGCCCGAGCGAAACAUUUCACUUACCAUUGCCAUUUGGUGCCCCGCGUCUGGGCGCCGGCCAAGGGCACCAACACACAACACCCGACGAAGAACUUCAAUGAAUCAGCGCAAAGUUGA